AUGGAAUCUUCCUCAUAUACGAACUCUAAACGACCACCCAAAUUGCGAUCGGCUUGCAAUGAAUGUCAUGCGGCCAAGGUUCGCUGCUCUGGCGAAAAGACCGGCUGCCAGCGCUGCUCAAACCUCCGUCUGAAAUGCGCCUUUUCCAUCUCGCGCAUUGGCAAGGUCCCAGGAAAACGAAGCAAAGCCAACCGGGCCACUGUGACAGGAUCAACCUCGUCGUCUGCGUCUCUCUCGAUUUCUUCUUCCUCUCUAUCGACACCGAUCAUGUCGCCCCCUCUUCCGAUGACGUCUUACUCAUAUGACAGCCCGCGGGCCUAUGAAGCAAGAAAUGCUAUACCCAUUCCUGCGUCCCAUCCGUUUACCCAUGAGUACGCGGCCGGACUUUCACUGGCGAACGAGACAAGUUAUGCCCAGUCCUCUCCAAGCUAUCUUACCCAGUCACGCCCGGAAGAAUCGUCGAGCCUAAACAACCUCUGUUGGGCGCCGGAGUUGGAUCAGUUGGGUGGGCCAGGCCUUUUGAGCCCUGAAUGGGAGAUUGACGCAGAAGAAUCUUUUCUUCAAGUGCCCCCUCAGCCGCCGACCUCUGUACCUACCUACGUGGAUGUCACUUCCGACGGUAGGAAUGCCUCAGAGGCUUAUGAAUCCCCGACUGAGAGCAUUCCACCCAGCCAAUAUCCACUGUACCUUCAUCUCCUUCAAAGCAUUGACCAUAGCAUGCGUCUCGCGAAUCAGUGCAGAUCUCCAGGGCAGCACACUUCUACACAGGAUAUGAUCCUGGCUGCGACACAGAGAUACCUUACAACCCUCCUUCAGACUACCGAGAGCCUUAGCUUUACACACACCUACAGCGAGGAACACCUUCUUUUCUCUGUGGCCCUGGAUAAGAUAAUAUAUCUGCUCAAAGUCGGCUAUACAGAUCUUCGGCGUCAGAUGGAAGUUUACGAGAGUAUGUGUAUAGGCGUCGCCGAGCCAGCCAAAGGCUGGGUGCGGUACGGUGCAUUUGGGAUGGACGUUUUCGAGCAAGUGUCUUACUGUCGCAAGCUAUUCGUGGAGGAGGUGAAGCGGGCAGGACUCUGCCUGGAUAGGCUGAUGGAGGCGAUGGGAUAUCUGGCGAUGACUGGCUCUAGCUCAUCGUCGCCUGGGAGGCACGAAAGGCUCUGUGAAGAGAUGAAGAGAAGACUCGAUGGAUUGAUGGACAGUCUAGAGGGUGAUCAGGGUGCACAGGGGGUUCAUUUGAGUACGAUGAUAUCUUUCACCUGCCACUUUCAAGAUCUUCUCGCUGCCAUUCUAUCUUAUCAGUACGACAUGCCUCACGCUGGCAGCCGCCAAAACGAAUUCUAUGCGGGUUUUGAUGGUACUGCUUUUAUUCGCAGGGUGAUUACGCGCUUAGAAACACAAGGGUUCAUCCUUUCUACUAGCAAGAGAAAUAUCCUUCAAAUGGAUAAAUUCGGCAUUCUGAGCAGUUUAUUAUACGACCAAUAUAGGACAUCCGGUACCUAG